AUGGCAUCACACAUCAGCAUUUCAAACAAUAUCAUCUUCUACGAGGACAAGAACUUCCAGGGUCGCAGGUAUGAAUGUGACAGCGACUGCACCGACUUCCACUCCUAUCUGAGUUGCUGCAACUCAGCCCGUGUGGAGAGCGGGACGUGGGUGAUCUAUGAGAGACCAAACUACUUGGGUUAUCAGUACGUCCUGAAGAGAGGAGAGUACCCCAACUACCACAGCUGGAAUGGCUUCAAUGACAGAGUCAGCUCUUGCAAGAUGAUUCACUUUGCCACUGGAGAUCCUUACAAGAUCCAGCUCUACGGUAAAGCUGAUUUCGCCGGUCAGGUGUUCGAAGUGAGCGAGGACUGUGCCUCUGUGCUGGAGAAGUUUCACUGGAGAGAGGUGCACUCCUGCAGGGUCCUGGGAGGCUGGUGGGUCUUCUAUGAGCACCCCAACUACAAGGGCCGCCAGUACCUGCUGGAGAAAGGCGACUACCGCAGGCCUGUGGACUGGGGCGCAGUCUGCCCCACCGUGCAGUCAUUCAGACGGCUAACUGAGUAA